AUGGACAAGCAUAUCGGUAGAUUACAGGGCGGCCUGUCGUGUGCCUGGCUCAUUCUAAUCAUUCUCCAUGCGCAGCCAGGUCUUUCCCUGACGACGCCAUCCUCCUUGUUGGCGUUAGAAAGUCUACCCUACUUUGUGGGAUGGCAAUACCCUGAAGUCAGCUCAACCACAGGCUACAUCACCCCGGCCACAUUGGUAUUGGGCUCUGCAACCCUUACAACAGCGGCUUCCUAUAUCUCCGCCUGCGGGUACAGCCAGUCAUGUGCAAUUCCGACUGCCUGUCAGGGAGCGACAGUUUACCUGAAUGAUGGCUCGAGUGAUAUCUGUACGGGCGUCUGCUCUUCGAUAACCCGUUAUCAGUAUACUCCCGAGGGUUUACCGCGGUAUACCGUAGUUCUUUGCGGGAGCGGCGAUUGGCCCAAGGAGGUGUAUUCGGAGUUUCCGGGUUACAAGGCCCUUGGGAGCACUACGACCACCUCGACGCCCUCUACAACCCCCCCUCCAACCACUACCGCCACCUCGACCGGAUCCACUACCUCGGCUCCCACCCCGGCUCCAAAGUCCAGUGAAGCGUGGAUUGCGGGCGCCGUGGUUGGUCCGAUUGCCGGACUUGCAAUCCUGGGCGGAGCAGCGUUCCUAUACUUCCGACACCGCAAGCGUCGCAGGCAGUAUAACUCCCGCGGGGGGGAUGAGUCACCGGGGCAAGGCACAUCCCUGCAGCAGGCGCACCGGAUGUCUCAGGAAACGCCCCACGAGCUCGCAGGCGUGAUGCGCCACGAACUGUAUCAGGAUGAUCCACCCGCGAAGAUCACUGCGCCUGUCCAUGAGCUACAAUGA